AUGACACCUGUACACUUUAGCUUUAGCUCAGCAUUUAUUUUAGGAUUACUAGGAUUAGCAUUUCAUCGAACCCACCUACUUUCCGCACUCCUAUGCUUAGAAGGAAUAAUAUUAUCACUGUUCCUUGCACUAGCCUUAUGAGCACUACAGCUACAAAUCACAAGUUUCUCCGUAGCCCCUGUGAUACUUUUAGCCCUCUCUGCAUGCGAAGCCAGCAUCGGAUUAGCACUAAUAGUGGCUACAGCCCGCACCCACGGUACCGACCAAUUACAAAACUUAAACCUUCUACAAUGUUAA